GAUCAGCUGGGUAUUACUUCGUUAGGCAUGACCUGUAGUUAUCGCUGUUAGUAUGUAGUUACAAUAUAUACAUAUCUACACUAUGCUUAGCAGCUAUAGACAUACCUCCUCUAACUGGCUAACGCGUCUUCACGCUCUCUUCCAGCUGAACAGUGGCUAGUCUUCUGUACUGUAAAAUUAAUUUGUACUACAUAGGGCACGAUACCCCUUUGCAUCUCUUUUUAGCUGGUUCGUUUGAAGACAUUUAACUACCUGUUGUCAAUCUUGAAACCAUGCUCGUUACGUCACUCACGUGACGAUUCCAAGAUGGCCGGGCCCUAUAUUGAAGUAGUAAAGUUUAAAACAUUGUAUUUACAAAUGCGCAAUUUUUCUCCUUUAGUUGUCAGCAAACAUUUUGUGAUCGUAUAACAACAAUAAUAGGGGCCAUACUUCAUAAAUCGGUUCAGUUCCAAUUUAAGAGUUGUUGAACUUCCCAUCACUACUUCCAGUAGAGGGCGACCUAUCCCGUGCAUUCACAUGAAGACAGGAAACAGAUGGGUUCACAAUGACUUCAUUUCCGAUGCUAAUAAAAAAAUGUGUUGUGUGAUGUUAUUCUGAUGCGUUGAACUCACGAUUUUACACUCAGAAUCUUGCUUGGUAAAGCAUAAAGCACGGAAGGAGAUCACACCAAUAACUUAUACUGCGACCUUGAAGUAGGUAACUAUGUCUGCAGAACUGGACCUGUCGCCUCCGGAAGUACCUGAACCCACCCUGCUCGAGAGCCUCUUGCGCUAUGGACUCUUUUUGGGGGCUAUUUUCCAACUCAUCUGCAUCUUGGCUGUCAUUAUACCCAGCUCCAAAGGACAGGAACAGGAGGAGUCAGAGCCCAGUGACUUGAAGACUGCCGACCAGAAUAAAAAGUCCAAAGGACCUGUGCCUCAGAUUCGUCAGAAACUAAAGAAAGAGAGCAAGAAGAAGCGUUAGGGAUGUGUGCGUGUGGAUGUGUGCGUGUGAAUGUGUCCACCUUGGAUUGGGUAUAAUGCUGUGUGCAGAUCAUUGAAGAUAGUUACAUUUAAAAAUGUUACACAAAAAAACAUUGAAUUAUAAUGGACGUCACUACCAUGUUAUGGAAGAACGGUUUAAUCAAUGUUUACCAAACCGUUAUGGACGAUGUAUGGUCAAUGUUAAAUCUGUGUGGGCUUAAACACUACCGUAAAUGGAAAUACUGUAUGUAACUAUUUUAUACAAAUUUUUUGUUACACUUAACAGGUUUAUUGUAAAAUAAAAGACUCCCGAUUCCC